GAUUUUUGCUCGUCGCCCGGUUUUGGGUUUCUCGUUACUCCCUUACUAGCUGCACGCAGUUGCUACUAGCCGUGAAAGACCUACCGUUUCCGUGGCGUGCGUCUUGUCUGCCUCCGCUCGGGAAAGCCUCUCCAGCGACACCAACGGUAUCAUCAUUACCUCUUGACAAGGAACCAAGCUACCUUAACGACUCGAAGUGAUCAAUCCAUCCACCCUAUAGUAGAAACCAAACCAAACCAAACCAAUUGCUACCAUGAAAUUCAACGCCAACGUAUCCAGCAGCCGCCGCAAGUCCCGCAAGGCCCACUUCGGUGCCCACAGCGAGGCCCGACGAAAGCUCAUGAGCGCCAACCUCUCCAAGGAACUCCAGGCCCGACACGGCGUCCGAUCGAUGCCCAUCCGCAAGGACGACGAGGUCUUGAUCACCCGGGGAAUGUACAAGACCCGCGAAGGAAAGGUCACGGCCGUCUACCGAAAGAAGUGGGUCGUUCACGUCGAGCGCAUCUCCCGGGAGAAGGUCAACGGCGCCACCGUUCCCGUUGGAAUCCCCGCCUCUGCCCUCGUCAUCACCAAGCUCAAGCUCGACAAGGACCGAAAGGCCAAGCUCGAAGCCAAGGCAGGAAAAAAGGGUGAAAAGAAGGACGAAACCAUGGCCAACGUGGACUAAACCAUUUCGAAUUUCGAGAAAAAAAACAAAACGAAUCCAGCGAGCACUGCCAAGGCAACCUCCGCACACUCUACUAUAGAAACCAAAAUUAUGUAACCCCCUACACCGCAGCACACCACAUUGCACAU